UCAACGUUACGAUGUCGUGGCCUUCCUUCUUUCCCAGCCUGAUGUGGAAGUGAAUACCAAGAACAUAAAAGAAACGACACCAUUGUUUGAUGCUGUUUCCCUUAGUCACUUUGGAAUACUUCAGAAGCUAGUUUCACAUGGAGCAGAAUUAGACGCUCUUGAUGCUGAUGGUAACAACUGUCUUCACCUCGCCGUGAAGAAAGAUAAGUUCCAUUCUGAGGAGGAGACUGGAGAGCAUUUAGACUAUUUCUGGAAAAGGCUUGGAUUGGAAAAAGAAGAGAAGCUAUGUGGCACCGUUAUUGCUUGCUAUCUAGGUCGUUCGAAAGCAAACUUUCACCAAAAAAACAAUUCUGGGAAGACCCCAGUAGAUCUCAUAGAGUCCGAUUAUCAAGAGAAAAUAAAAGAGCUUUUCCCACCGUUUUGUCUGCUGUGUGGUGUUAAAGAAGUUUCUGUGACGUUGUUACCAUGUGGAGACAAAGUUAUAUGCAGAAAGUGCUAUGAAGAGAAUCAGCCUCGUGAUUGUCCCAAGUGUGAAAAACCUAUAAAAAAUUUUACUGUACCUGCAACUCCAAAAGCAGAAGACAAGGAAGAGAAGCAAGUGGCACAUAGCGCAAGAAAAAUUGCUGAUGGCAGUAAUCGAUUUUAUAAACUGGAGAAGAUGACAGAUCUAAUUAGGAAUCAAAUGCAACAGUUUCAUAACACGGCUAAUAACAGCAGACUUCACAACAGACUGGCAUUUUCUUGGAAAUGGAAUUACU